GGCGCCGCGCUCAGCACUGGUAGCUGCCUACCCCACUCCCGCAGCCUCGCGCCGCGCGCUUUCGCCCGAUUCCUGCGCGCCCCGGCUGACCGAGCAGCGGGCCCCCGCGGUGGGCGCCAUGCAGCGGGCGCGCCCCGCGCUCUGGGCCGCGGCGCUGACCGCGCUGGCGCUACUCCGCGGGCCGCCGGCCGCACGGGCCGGCGCGGGCUCGGCGGGCGCGGGCCCCGUGGUGCGUUGCGAGCCGUGCGACGCGCGCGCUCUGGCGCAGUGCGCGCCGCCGCCCGCCGCGUCCGCGUGCUCCGAGCUGGUGAGAGAGCCGGGCUGCGGCUGCUGCCUGACGUGCGCGCUGCACGAGGGCCAACCGUGCGGUGUCUACACCGAGCGCUGCGGCGCCGGCCUCCGCUGCCAGCCGCCGCCCGGCGAGCCGCGCCCGCUGCAGGCGCUGCUGGACGGCCGCGGGCUCUGCGCCAACGCCAGCGCCGCCGGCCGCCUGCGCGCCUACCUGCUGCCAGCGUCGUCCGCGCCAGGAAACAGCAGCGAGUCGGAGGAAGACCACAGUGCCGGGAGCGUGCAGGGCCAGGCCCUCCCCAGCACACACCGGGUGCCCGAGGCCAAGCUCCAGCCCCUGCACACCAAGAUGGACGUCAUCAAGAAAGGGCACGCCAAGGACAGCCAGCGUUACAAGGUGGACUACGAGUCCCAGAGCACGGACACCCAGAACUUCUCCUCCGAGUCCAAGCGGGAGACGGAAUACGGACCCUGCCGCCGGGAGGUGGAGGACACGCUGAACCGACUCAAGUUCUUGGACAUGCUUAGCCCCAGGGGCAUCCACAUCCCCAACUGUGACAGGAAGGGCUUCUACAAGAAGAAGCAGUGCCGCCCCUCCAAGGGCAGGAAGCGGGGCUUCUGCUGGUGCGUGGACAAGUACGGGCAGCCCCUUCCCGGCUUCGACGCCCGGGGGAAAGGCGACAUUCACUGCUACAGCAUGGACAGCAAGUAGACGCUGCUCGCCACUUAAUGUGGAGCUCAGAAACGCCUAAUUUUGCACAAAAGACUGCCAAGGACACGAUCAGCAUCUGGCUACAGCCUCAGUUUAUCUUUCUUUUUGUGGUGAAUUGAUUUUUCUUUUAGCCAAAGUUUAGAAGAUGUUCGCAGCGCCUAGGGUUCUUGUAGAUGGUGAACCGGAGCGUCUUCCACUUCGCAGGAGUCGAUGAGACGUGGCCGGGUUUUUCUUCUUGCUUCCUCCAAACAUACACUUACCCUGCACCACCGCGCGGCCAGCCCUCCCACGUCCUGGAGCGCGCCCGCGUGUGUGCCCACGCAGCCCACCCUCCACUUCCAGAUCCAGCGAGUGUCGCUUCUGUAGAGUGCACGCCUCAUCCCCACUCGGUAAAUGAGCACAGGCCUCGGCGAAGACAGGGAGCCCCGCAGCCUGGUGCGUCUGGACAUCCCAGUGCACCUGCCGGGGGCGGGGCUUAUAUCCAGGAGGCCCGGCCCUGCUGAUCGUGCGGAUCUUCAAGGCGCCCUGGGGAGUAGCAGAGAGUAAGUGGAGUUUUACAUGUCAAAAGAGACCAGGAAUGUUCCCCGGAAGUCUGGGAACCUGUGAAGACAGGUGUUUCUGACCCGCCCCCCCUCCCCCCCGGGCCUGGCCUCUGCCAUUGACUCCGCCCUUUUCAGAGGCCACGGAAUUAGUAGGAUUUUUCAGUGACUGCAGACAAUAGCAUUUUUCCAUUUAGCAAUUCAAGAACGACUUUAGUUUGGAGGAUAAACUCCUUAAAGGCAAAAAUGUUUAUUUUUCUGUCUCUCCCUUGUCCUCCUUGGCACGAGAUAAAAAGAGUAAAAAUAGUUGUUAUCACCCAGCAAAGAGGGAUGGCUUGUCGGGGACACUGGGGCCAACCAGAGACUCCCGUGCCCACUGCACUCGGACCCCCACCCCCACCUCUCUUUCUAAGUCACACAUAUAUGCAGAGAAAGUAUGUUCUUCGUGAGGUGUUACCCUCAUAUACCCCAGAUACGCCAGGACCUGUGCUAGAUAAUCGUAGACAAGAUGUUAGCCCCGCUAGAGAAGAGAAACAUGGCCUCCACUGAGGCAGGGCGCCGGGGCCGGGCCCAGCUGCUUUGCCGGAGGCCCGGCCUCGGGCAAGUGAGCAGGAACGCCCCAGGGUGGAUGCGCACAGCACACAGCUCUCCCUGAGAACACGAAGGGGUCUCAAGACAUUCCGCCUACCUGUGAGCUUUCCUUUAUUUUUUUAAUUAAGUUUUUGGGGGGAAAAAGGGUAUUUUUGAAAAGUUUGUCUUGCAAUGUAUUUAUAAAUAGUAAAUAAAGUUUUUACCAUAAGGAAA